GCAUCGGUGAUUUCGAUGCCCGAAACCGGUUUCCUAGCGUUCGGGGCCCCGGCCGCUCCGUUUCGGUAUUUUACUUUCUACGACGCGACGCGCGGGGCCUUCCGUGCCCCUCCGUCUCUACUAUCCGUUCACCCCCUACGGGCCAGCGAGGAAAAAAAUAGGCCUCUCAAGAGCGGACCGCGGUUUUUCUCUCGGGCCGAUGGUGCGAUCCUCGAGAGCACCUCCGAGUUCCAUUACGCGCGCGGCGCUCAGCCAUGCCGAGAAUACGUUAGUUUGUUUGUUUUUACUAUCUGUCGCCGGAGACAUUGCGUCCUGCAAAAGGACCAUUCCGAGGAACAGUCCGGCGACAGCUGCGCGGAAGGCAGCAUCGUCCUUUCGAUCCUUGGUUUCGGACCCGUAGAGAACGGCGCGGCGCGGCGCGAUCAUCCUGACGGGCCCGGUCGUCGUUUGGCUCCGCGUUUCGCACAGGAAGAAGUAGUAUUAAAUAUGCCUGACGCUGAAGAAACGGUGGUGACUGCGAGCAACGCCGAGUGUCGAAUAGACAUUCAACCGGAAUCGUCGGACAGGAACGAAUCUGCACAACCUAAUGGUAAAAUGGCAACAGACUACGCAGCUCUUGUUGAAAGGUCAAGAAAUGCAUUCUUCAGUGGUAAAACAAGGCCAUUAGAAUGGAGAAUAAAACAAUUAAAGCAACUAGAACUUAUGUUAGAAGAAUGCAAGCCUGACAUAAUAUCUGCACUCGCAUCUGAUUUACGUAGGUGUAAAUUUGAGACUAUUGCUUUGGAAGUGCUCAUUUCACAAGGAGAAGUUAAAACAUUACUUAUGAAUAUCAAAGAAUGGGCAGCUAAAGAGAAGCCUGCAAAAGCAAUGAUCAAUAUGUUAGAUGGAGUUGAAAUUCGGAAAGAUCCAUACGGUCUAGUUCUUAUUAUGGGACCUUGGAAUUAUCCAUUUCAACUAUGCAUAAUCCCUCUAAUGGGUGCGAUUGCUGCUGGAAAUUGUGUAAUUGUUAAACCAUCAGAAGUAUCACCUGCUACAGCAGAAUUAUUUGCAAGAAUUAUUCCACAAUAUUUAGAUACAGAAUGUGUUCAAGUUGUACUAGGGGGUAUUAAUGAAACAACAGAAUUGCUCAAACAAAGAUUUGAUUAUAUAUUUUAUACAGGCUCUACUACAGUGGGGAGGAUCGUUCGAGAUGCAGCAAACAAGUACUUAACACCUGUAACAUUAGAACUUGGUGGCAAAAGCCCUGUGUAUGUAGAUAAUACAGUGGAUAUAAAUAUAGCUGCAAAAAGAAUAUUGUGGGGUAAAUGUAUUAAUGUGGGUCAAACCUGCAUUGCACCAGAUUAUGUACUUUGUACACCAGAAGUACAGACCAAAUUUUUGAAUGAGGCAAACAAAAUUAUAAAGGAAUGGUAUGGUGAGAAUCCCAAGGAAAGUCCAGAUUUAGCACGUAUAAUCAAUGAAAAUCAUUAUCAGCGACUUACAAAAUACCUAGAUGGAAAUAGUAAAAUAGCAUUAGGAGGACAAUGUGAUCCCGCAGAAAAAUAUAUCUCACCAACUAUACUUGUCGACGUUAAACCCACAGAUCCUGUCAUGCAAGAUGAAAUAUUUGGACCGAUAUUACCUAUUAUAAAUGUAAACAACGCGUACGAAGCCAUUAAAUUUAUAAACAGUCGCGAAACUCCACUCGUACUAUAUAUAUUUACCAAGGACAGGGGAGUUCAAGACUUAAUAGUUAAUCAAACUCAUAGUGGAAGCGUGGCAAUUAAUGAAACGAUAAUGCAAUUUUCUGUUGAUACUUUGCCAUUUGGUGGAGUUGGAUAUUCUGGCAUGGGAUGUUACCAUGGAAAGUAUACAUAUGAUACAUUUGUUCACAAAAAGGGUUGUCUCAUUAAGGAUUUCAACAAAUUAGCAGAAACCUUGGCAUCGUGUCGUUAUCCGCCGUACACCGACAAGAAACUGUCCUUCUUAGAAUCUUUGGUAGCAAAACGACCUUCCAUACCAGGAGUCAAAUAUAUUCCACAUCUUUUAGCAUUUGGCUUAGGAGUACUGGUCACUUUUGGUAUCUCAACCGCUUUAAAGGUAUAUAAAUCAAGGCGAAUUUAACUAACCUUAUAACGCUUAUUCAUAAUAGUAUGUAAAGUAUGAACUCUACAAAAUGUAAUGUCAUUUCCGCACAAA